GCAAACUUUAUAAUAACAAGGAUAUAAUUAAUAAAUAUAAUAAGUAUUUAUUGAUUCUUAAAGUGUGUUUUGUGAUGGAAAAUUUAGAUGAAAAUGUUGAUGAGAUAUCAAGAGCUGUUGUCAAACGAAGGAUUUCGUUUAAUAUUCCCAAUAUGCUGAAACAAUUAGGAAUUACUUCUAACAUGUCUGGAAAGCUAGAAAUUCAAUGGUCCCCGAUUUACAAUAAGUUUAUUACAUGGGGCGCUGAAAUUUGCCUUUACCAAGUGCAACCUCUUACCCAUGAGAACAACCCCUCAGUUUUUAAAGUAUCUGACAGUACAUGUGCCCAAAUACUGACCACCAAUACGAAUCACCAUUAUGUAAGAAGUAUUGAUAUAUAUCCAAAAUGUGACAGUGAUCUGCUUUUGGCGAUAGGCCUUGUGAAUGGAAGAGUAGCCCUAACAACGUUUGGUCCUUCUGAGCAUGAUGUGUAUGGAUAUCCGGGAAAAGAACUUGUACCCAGGCAUAGUCGACAUUGCAAUGCAGUCCUCUUCAACCCCUUAGAACACAAUCUGUUAGCAGCUGGCCUGGACAAAUACAGAUCUGACAGUUCUAUUCUUAUUUGGGACAUCAACAAAUUCAACUCGUGUAACGAUGUGAACCACAGUGGAAGAUUGGCUGUGAAUACAAUGGCGCCAGCUGUCGAGUUGGUGAAACCAGUGGCUGAAUUUGGUACGUCGGAAGUUACCUAUAGUUUGGGAUGGUUCCAUAACACCAGUAAAGUGCUGGCAGCUGGAAUGAAUGGGAAGCACAUUAAGGUUUUUGAUUUGAGAGAUCCCAACAAAAUAGUAAAUUCUACAUUAACCAAAGGUGUUUUUGGAGUUUGCUCAAAUCCUAGUGAGGACAUGCACAUGGCUUCGUUUUACGAAAACCAAAUUUGUUUGUGGGACAUCAGAAAUUUUGAAAAACCUGUGGUUUUGAUACCACAAGCAAAGAAUGUGCUCAAAAUUGCAUGGUGUCCAACUAAGUAUAGUUCAUUAGCUUCUCUUCAACGUGAUAGUUCUGUGAUUAAUUUGUAUGAUAUAAAACAUACAAUGGUUGAUAAUGAGGAGGUGGAACCAAAUGUAAUGGAAAGGAUUAUAACACCUGGUUCACCGCACAAUGUAACAUCGUUUUCUUGGCAUUCAACAGAUGAAAAUCGCCUUUUGACCAUCGCAGUUUCAGGAACUAUAAAAGAUUACACAGUUUUUGAUAGAAUGACUGUGAAUUGGUCAACAUCUAACAUCGUAUGGACGCAUGGCAGGAAAACUCUCAGAUAUGUGGAUGAUUCUUUCGUUGAUGACAUAUCUUAUCAAAUUAAAGAACGAGCAAAAGCUAGAUAUGGAAUUCAGGAAGAAUUUUCCAAAAAUGCCGAAAUAAUCAAAGACAAUCUAUCUUUGGCAAACGUAUGGAAUUGGCUGCAUUUGACCGACAAAUUAGUAGAGAGUGGCAUCAUUAAGGAUCCAGAUGACAAAUAUCCCGGAGUAUUAUCGGUUGUGUCAAAUAUUGACUUGGUUCAGAACAAAUCUGAAGUUGUGACAGUAGCGUGGAGUGAGUUGGGGUAUCCCAAUUGUCAGAGUUCGGUUGUAUAUUAUAGGCAUGAAGAAAGAGACAAAGCCCUUCGUCUGUGCAGCUGGCCCUUGGAAAGAGACUCACAGUAUCUGGCAGACUUCAUAGCGCACCUAGAGAGCGCAAAAGCUUAUACUAGAGCGGCAACAAUAGCAGUAUUUAACCUCAAGGUCCAACUAGCUAUAGAAAUCCUCAGCAGAGCGCCUAAUGAUGCAGAAUAUGGUUCGAGCUUGAACGUUGUUGCUAUGGCCUUGUCUGGGUUCUCGGAUGAUCCGGCCAGUAUGUGGCGACAGAAUUGUUUACAUUGCGUCGCAAAAUUGAGUGAUCCGUACUUGAAAGCCAUGUUUUGCUUCCUGACUACAAACGAUUUUAGUUAUGACGACGUAUUGAAUGAAAAAGGUUUAGCUGUAGAUGACAGAGUUGCCUUGGCUUGUAUGUACUUACCGGACGAAAAACUGUUAGAAUAUGUUAAAAAACUAUCCGAAGAACUUUGCAGCGAAGGGAAUUUGGACGGUCUUCUAGUUACAGGAAACAGUUCGAGUGGUUUAAAACUUCUACAAAAGUACCUAGACAACGUAGGAGACAUCCAGUCUACCACUUUAAUAGCAACAAGGGCAUUUCACCACGAUUUGGGCUCAGAAUCAAUAAAGAACUGGAUAGAAAAUUAUAGGAACGUCUUAAACAGUUGGAAAAUGUUUCACGAACGAGCAGACUUCGAUAUAAUGCUGGCUUCAUACAGACACUCGGAAAAACCACCUCAACAAGUUUAUGUCUCUUGUAAUUUUUGCGGCAAAAGUAUAUCUGCCUAUCUGUCAAGCCACGACCGAAAUAGACCUCCACAACUCCACAAAACCUCAUCUACAAAGUCAAAGCUCUCAUCUUGUCCAAACUGCCGGAAGCCUCUUCCAAGAUGUGCGAUCUGCCUGCAAUAUAUGGGUACAACAACGGGUGAGUCUUCUGGGGCAAAAAGUACGCCUUUUGAACUUUGGUUCACUUGGUGUCAAACCUGCCGGCAUGGUGGACAUGCGGGACAUUUGUGCGAAUGGUUUGACGAACACCAAGAAUGUCCUGUUAGCGGUUGCAGUUGUAGAUGUUUUGCAAUAGAUGCGAUGGCUGCACAAUCAUGAAAAUUGAUUUUAAGCGCCUUUUUUUAAUUUUAUACCUAUAUACGUAACUGCCAUAAAGAAUUUACCUUCAACUUAGUUAAGUAACUAACUUAACAUAGUUAAGUAACGUUGAAAGGCGGAUCUUAAGGUCUGAAUAAUUUGAUCUUAUUUUGUCAGCACAAGUAAACUGAAAGGUUAGUAGGUGAAGCCUGGACGUCAAUAAUGGACCAAGCGCUUAAAUAAUUUUGUUUUUCAAAACAUCUUUACUAAAAUUCAAUAAGCUAUACAGGAGAUGUAAACAUUAGUUGACAGCGAUGUCGUCAUCAGCAACAUAGAGAUGGCUAUUUCGUUCAGUUUUUGAAUAUUUUUGGAUAACAGUUAUUUGUAUGAAGCUUAAAUUAUUCAUUAUUUAAUUAAUAUGAUUAUUUUUUCACUAUCUAUAUAUUCAGUGAUUACAAUAAUUUUUAUACUAUACAAUAAAAACUAAUAAUCGAGAAAAGAGAAAACGAGUAGAUACAGAAUUUUGAACAUAUUUAACAACUAAAAUCGUUUUUUACAUGCCCUGCAUCGCUUAUUGAAAUUUAGUAUAAUUAGCAAGCCUAAAAAGAAAUGAUAUCAAAAUUGCGACAUAAUCGAGAAAUAAAAUAAUAAAAUAUUUUCUUUGAAGAUUUUUUAUCAAUUAUUUAAUUUUUUUAAAAAGUAGGCGGCAUUUAAAGUGUUGAAGUUUGACCAUUAGACUAUGCAGUAUCUCAAACGCCAUUUGGUGUGCUUUAUGUGAACUAAGAUUAUACUCUGAGCUCUUAGUAGACCACUUAACAAAAGGUUUAUUAUUUCAUUCAUUAAUUCAACGUUUUCUGCACUUACUUCGUUAUUGAUGUCCAGACUCUCAGCGGAUAAUAUUGUUCCUUUAAAUAUAUGAAAUAAUUUUGUAUAUAAGCUUACAUUUUAUAAAAAGUAUAGUAGUAAUGAAUAGAAUUUUAUAAAUAUUAAAAUUUACUCGUAAAAUUAA